GACCUCGCUGCCUACCUGCAUAAUUACCUGACACUUGAAGAUGUCUGACGGACUUAAGAAAUUGAAUGUUUUGAUGUGUGGUACCGGAGAGUAUACCACAGGAUGGACAGCAUCAGGCGCGUCGAAAUCAGACAAGAAGAUUGGUGUUGUAGGAUUAACUCUGUUCGACCUCCGCAGACUGGGCAAGGUCGGCAAGCUUGGUAUGGCAGGCGUCAGCGGCGGCAAAUUCCCCGCUAUCAGACAGCAUCUGCAGGAAAACAUCGCACAUGUGUACAAGGACAUGGAUAUCUCAUUUGACAAUUUUCCGGAGGAGGGGAAAACAGAUCCGGAGGCUUACAAGACAGCGAUUGAUGGGCUUUCACCUGGAGAUGCAGUCAUCAUCUUCACACCAGAUAGUACUCACUACCCUAUCGCAAAGUACGCUCUGGAGCGCAGGUUACACGUCCUCGUCACAAAACCGGCAACUCAGCUCCUCUCGCACCACUUGGAUCUCAUUACCCUUGCAAAGAAAAACGAUGUUGUUUGCUUUGUCGAGCACCACAAACGGUUCGACCCUGUCUACAGCGAUGCCCGCGCGCGCGCAGCACAGCUGGGCGAGUUCAAUUUCUUCAACGCGUGGAUGAGCCAGCCGAAGAGCCAGCUUGAGACAUUUCGCGCGUGGGCCGGAAAAGACUCAGAUAUUAGCUACUACCUCUCAUCGCACCACAUCGACAUCUGCUGCUGGAUUCUUCAAGACAAGGCGGUCCCCACGCGUGUCGUCGCAAGUGCUGCCACAGGCAUCGCAACGAGCGAGCCAUACAACUGUGUUCCCCAGACGGAGGACACGAUCACGCUCCUUGUCGAUUGGCAGUCGAUCGGCAGCUCCAAGCACAAGGGCACCGCAGUUUAUACAGCGUCAUGGACUGCGCCGCUGAAGGCCGGUGUUCAUUCGGCACAGCAUUGGUAUUAUAUGGGAGAAAAGGGCGAUAUCACCGUCGAUCAAGCUCACCGCGGAUACGAUGUCACGGUCGACGAGACCGGGAAAUCGUGGUACAACCCGUUCUACAUGAAGUACUCGCCCUCGGAGAGCGGGCACUUCGAUGGCCAACGUGGUUACGGCUACGUCUCGAUCGAGAAGUUCAUCGACGCAGCGCGAAGCGUCAACGCGAAAGAAGUCGGCCCAAGCGAGUUCGACAAGCACGGGCUGCCCACGAUCGCGAACACGGUGCUCACGACCGCCAUCUUGAAUGCGGGCCGUAUCAGCCUAGACGAGAAGAGGGCCGUGGGGAUCAAGAAGGUCGGAGAGCAGUGGGUCCUCGAGUAAGCGCGCGAACCCGUUCGUAACAGCAGGUAAAGGCGGGUCCUGUUAUCGACAAAUACGACGUGUAUUACUUAUAGGAAUAGCGGUAUGGAUAUAAGAUAUGUAAAUAUGUAACCUCUCACAAGC